CUCCCUCUCCCUCUCCCUCUCUCAAUAUCCCUCUCUUUCGAUCUCCCUCUCCCGAUCUCAACCCUCUCUCUCGAUCUCAACCCUCUCUCGAUCUCCCUCCCACUCUCCCUCUUCUCUCGAUCUCCCUCUCCCUCUUCCGAUCUCGACCCUCUCUCUCUCGAUCUCCCUCUCACUCUCCCUCCCUCUCUCGAUCUCCCUCUCCCUGUCCGACUCUAGAUCUGACAGUCCCCACACGGUAUUGUGGAAGUAGCAGCAGCAGCUCUGUAUGGGGUGUAUCGUAGCUCUGAAAGAUGACAUGCAAAAAGACGCCAUCGACUGUGCUCUCUCCGCCGUUGAUAAGCACGGCGUGGAGAAGGACAUUGCCAAGUACAUCAAGGAGGAGUUCGAUAAGGAGUAUGGCACCACCUAGCAUUGCAUCGUUGGGCACAAUUUCGCUGUUAUUUGUUGGAGGGAGUAGGAAAGAAGAAUCAGAAUUUCUUCAUUUUUUGAUCUUUGUAGAUGAAGUGAUGGAACUAGUAGAGCUUGAUAAUCUCAAAGAUGCAAUAGUGGGCCUCCCAGGGAUUACAGGACUGUCGACAGAACAAAGGAAGAGCUUGACAAUAGCCGUGGAGCUUGUUGCUAACCCUUCAAUCAUCUUCAUGGAUGAACCAACAUUAGGUCUUGAUGCAAGGGCAGUGGCCAUUGUCAUGAGAAUCGUAAGGAACAUGGUUGAUACAGGAAGAACAGUUGCCUGCACAAUCCAUCAACCUAGCAUUGACAUCUUUGAAGCUUUCGAUGAGCUUCUACUGAUGAAAAGAGGAGGGCAAGUGAUAUACUCUCGACCUUUGGGCCAGAAUUCGCAGAAGAUAAUCGAAGACUUUGAAGAGAUUCUUGGCAUCCCAAAAAUAAAAGAGAAAUACAAUCUGGCAACAUGGAUGCUAGAAGCAAGCUCAAUUGCCGCUGAAGUUCGAUUGGGAAUUGAUUUUGCCAAGCACUACAAGUCCUCGCAGUUGUAUCAGAGAAAUAAAGCGCUGGUUAAGGAGCUAAGCACUCCUGCCCCAGGAGCCAAAGAUAUCUAUUUCCCCACACAAUACUCUGAGUCUACUUUUGGGCAGUUCAAAUCAUGCCUUUGGAAGCAAUGGUUGACAUAUUGGAGAAGCCCUGACUAUAACCUCGCCCAAUACUUCUUCACCUUAGUUGUUGCCCUCAUGCUUGGCAUGAUCUUUUGGCGGGUUGGCACAAAAAGGUAAGCAUCACUUCCUCUAUUUCAAGUGUUUCAAGAAAAAUUUCAGCCUCCCAUGUGGCCAUUCUUCUCCUAUAGUCUGAUCAUUUCAUGUUCUCGGUCCCAUUAAAUGAUUAGGUACUUCAUGAGAAUCUUAAACAACAAAAUUUUAUUUACUCGAGUAUUC